AUGACAACUGCACAGAUUAAUGAUUAUGCUGGCUAGAUGCAGGCAAACUAACUAGAUUUCGCCCAUCUUGGCUAAAAGAUGUUGCUUUAGGAUUUCAGGCAUGAGCCGCCUUUCCAAGGGAUCAGCUUUCUAGGACGAACCACCUUCCGUAGAGUACUCUGAUUUUCCUGAUGAGGAAAGAUCAUGUGGUAGGCAAAGCCUGUCUUGCCCAUCUAGCAGAGACAGGAAAAUCUUCGGGAGAAGCAAAUCUUCCCUGUUCGACAAGGUAUCCCCAAACCUGAAGGUCCACUUCAAAAAGGAUAGAUGCCCUGUUAAAGCUUCUUCAUGAUGGAUCCGACCUGCUCCAUGGGGAGUGCGCCUCGAAGUCUAAUUCUUUUUUAUUUCUUUCAACUGCACAAGGAAUUCCUGAUUUUGCUUUCCAUCUUCUAAUCAACGAGGUCAUUAAGCAAACAAUUAUAAAAACCUCCCAACAAUCCUUAAUAGACGCGCUUAAAGAACUAACGAGAGAGCAAAUACUUGAAAAGAAAAAAGAACUUAAAAAACUUGGACUUCUGAUAGGUGAACGUGUAAUUGGCUAUAGUAAUUUUAUUUGAAUUUCCCAUUCUCUAUUUUAGCUAUUUUUUUAAAUAAAUAAAACAAUAAAACAGGAUAUAUUGUAAAAGAACACAUAUGACUAAAAGAGCCAAACGCAGUGCUUCGCUUUGUCUGCAAAGAGUUUUGGCUUUGUUUGUUUGGGAAAUAUAUAGAUAGAUUGCAAUCAAAUAAUAGAGGAGUUUAUAUCAUGUAUGACUAUAAAUUCAGAUGGCUGCAGUCAUUGUCUUUAGAUACAACAGAUUCGGUGGAUAAAGAAGCCAUUGAGAAAUUUUAUAAUUUUAUGCUCAGCUGGGUUUGUGGAGUAAUUAAAGGAGGGCUGAAAGGAUUAGGAGUUUCUGCGCGAUCUGAAGCGAAAGUAGAAGAAGAAGGAUGCAAAUUUACAGUGACUCUAAAAAAUAUGAUUUUUUAA